UAUUUAAGUAAAAUAAAGAAAAACGUAAAAUAAAAUAUGUAAUAUUAAUAAAAGAACGUAUUUCCUGAUAUGCUUUGACUCAUUUUUGCAUCACUAUCGCAAGCAUAUUGAGCAAAUCUUAUAUAUCAUACAUUUAUAUUAUACUUUAUAACUAUAUUCUUAUAGUCUUAGAAGGAUUAAACAAGGUACGUGAUUCUGAAAAAAGUCAAUAAAGUCCAUGAGGGAUAGCAGAUACUAAGCGUACCAUACUGCUAUUAUAUCAAUUUCAGAGUAAGAUUUAAAAUAACUCUCCUUGAAAAGUAUUUAAUAACUCCAAAAUUUGCGAGUAUUACUACAUUUUACAUAUUUAAAUUACUUUUAUGUACUAUGGACAUGAUAAAUGGAAAUCUGUGUAAUUAUAUACUUCAACUAUAUAGAAGUCGCACAUAUGUACAUAUGUAUGUAUAAAUGUGGUACCAGCGCUGUCAACGGCAGUUAGCAGAAGGUGCUUGAUAGCAUCGUACGAGAACUUUAAUCGAUCUAAGUGUAUAUAAAAGCAUUUGGAACAUCGUUAAAAUCUUUCAACUAUUGCGAUUUUUUUUUAAAGAAACUAAGGUCGAGUGGUGGUGGUAGCACGUACAGGGAGCAGUUGUUCAGAAUGACGACCUUAACAGCAUACUUCAAGGUCAUAGAAAUCGACGAGAUGUAUUUCUUGAGGACGUUGAUACUAAUCAUCGCAGUCUUCACAUUAUCAUUCGCGUUUAAGUUAAAUGGAAAAUAUAUAGGAGUUUAUGAUAUGAAGAACGUAUUAAACCACAGCAGACAACAAUCACCUAAAGAUCCUGCAAUUAAUUCUUUCCCAACCGAACCAGUCCCUCCACUGAUUCCAAUUUGCGUGAAAGAAGGAUAUUUCAGAGAUCCUUUCAAUUGCAAGAAAGUUUACUAUUGUACACAUUCGAAAGCAGUUCCAAAGGCUUUCUAUUGUAAGGAUGACUUAGUAUUUAACAUCUAUACUAAUUGGUGUGAUUAUCCACAAAAUGUGAUCUGUUGAUCGAAUAUCUAGCUAUAACGUUCGAAACGUUUCUAUUGAUUCUAGUAUAUAGUUUUGAGAAUUGUAAAUGAUCUGUUACCUUCGUGUUAGUAUUAACAUCUAUUUAUAUUGUCGUUUACGGUAAAUUAUCGUUGCGUCCAUUGUAAUAACUGAAAUAUCAUAAAAUGCAUUCUUAUAGGAUAUAUUAUGUAUGUAUAAAAUGUUACUUGAUUUGCUUGUCUGAUACGAACGUAUCAGUUUGAAAUUAUAGAAGGAGAUGUAAAUAAAAUAGAAAAAGAUUCAACAA